GAUUCUUAUGAAAUCUGUUGCUGAGAUGAACAAGAAGCUGGACAUUCUUAUUGAGGUGUUUUUUUUAAUUGUCAUUACUUUUUCUGUUAUUUUUUUAGUAGUGUUUUUAUGUUGUUUUAUACAGUUAAUUAAUUUUUUAAUUUUUUAUUUUUGUUCUCAGUCAUCCCAAGGUGGUCUUACUCACAAUGGAUCUCAGUCUGAAGAUGCUCUUCGUACUUUAGAAAAUGAGGAUGAUGAAGAUUCCACUUCGGAGGAAGACGAGGAUGAUAAAUUCGACGAUGACAAAGGAGAUGAUCAUCAUGACGAUGAAACUGAUGAUGAUGAUGAUGAUCUGGGUGGAGAUGGUGUUGGUGCUGGUCAGGAUGAGGCUCACACGGGCGAUGUUCGUAACGAUGAGGGUGUUGUUGUUCCCGAGGUUGUUUCGAGGGAUGAUGAUACCGGCAAGGUGGAUGAUGCCAAGAAUUCUGACUCUGUGGAACCUAUUGCAGAGAUCAAACAGCCUGAACAGUCUCAAGGUGGGGAGGACAACAUUGAUGUUGAUGCAACAAUUGCAUCUGCUGUUAAAGUUGUGGAGAAUUUGAUUGGUUCCUCAACUAAUGCCCCUGCUCCUGUUGAGACUUAUGAGAAGACUGAUCUUGAAAUGGUUGUUUUUCAAGAGACUCCUAUUUUACGUCCUCAAAAGAGGGAUCGGAAGAAAGGAGCUGUUUUGAAAUCCCCAUUCAUUGAGCUUGCUUCUGGUGCAUCUAAAUCAGGUUCAUCCUCAGUUUCUCCUGAUGAUUCUGUGUAUAAGGUCGUUAAAUAUGUGCGUGGUUUGUGCCCGUUGGACAACAAGAUUGGUGAACCUGUCGAUCCGCAAUUGGAAGCUGAGUUUGUCAAGUGGGUUGAUACAGGUCUUAGAAAGCAUAAAUCUAACACAACAACUAAUGUGUAUUGUAAGGGUAAGGACACAAUAUUUCCGCCAUUUCGUUUUAGUGUUGAGGACAUCAGCAACAAGAUGUGGUUUCACAACCUUGCCUACCCUAAUUGUUUCCUUACCAAUUCUCACAUUGACAUCAUUUUCUAUUAUCUUCGUAAGAAAAUAAUGUACUCAGCCGAGCCGAAAAUCAAAGUCACCACAACUGAUUGCCUGUUUUGUUCUAGCAUAACAACUUUGUAUGAGAAGUUUGUUGAGAAAAACAACGAUAUAUCGGUGUUGUCUCUUUCUCACAAUGUGGCCCAGUACAUUCAAGGUGGUAAGAUAUUAUGUGCCACUCCUUGGCAUUUGGUUGAUCAUGUUGUUAUGCCUAUCAAUGUAAAAUUACAGGAUCAUUGGAUUUGUGGUCGUCUUAACAUAGUUGACAGGCGCAUAUAUCUGUACAAUUCAUUGCGUUCUGGGAGGUAUAUGACAGCUGCCAAAGAGGCUUGCAAGUCUUUCUCUGUUAUUUUACCAUAUUACUUCUCUAUGUUAGACUUCAAAGGCCUUCGCAACGAAGCUAAGUUUAGCACUAUGGAACCUUUCCCUAUUGUUGUUGUUGAUGGUUUACCCGAGCAGGUCACAGCUGAUUGUGGUGUUUUUGUUGCAUCAUUUGCUGAGUAUUUCAUUGAUGGCAAACCCAUCCCAUCCUCUGAUUUUGAUGUGGAAAUUCACCGCGAUCGUUUGGCUGUGUUAUUUUAUCAAUAUGGGAUGAAGAAGCAAACUGAGAACAUUGAAAGUGAAUCCGAGGCCCCUCCCAGCCUUCAGAAGUGAUUUGUUUUUUCAAUCAGAUUGUCAUUGUUCUUAUAGUUUUUUAAUGUUGUUUUAAUGUUUUUUAUGUUGUUUUUCUUAAACAAACAUUGGUGUUAUGUUGUGUUUCCUUACGUUUUGUGUGGACAACAUGUAAUCUUUUUAUUUUUGUAUGUUUUUUCUUAUUAUUUUUAUGUACAAACAUGUUGGUAUGUUAAAGUUGUUAGUUUUUUCAUUUCACAUCCCUUCUUUUUUUGUUUUUUUUUUCUUAUAGUUUCUCUGUUUUUUUGAAUACAAAUAUUAAUUUCAGUAUUAAAAACACAAAUUGUUUCAAUAACAAACUU